CUCUCCGAUUGGUCAGAAAAGCAAUCGAUUCCACCGGAACCUUCGCGAAUUUACUCGAAUCAUCCAAUUGGAUAUAUAAAGACGAGCGUCGGCAACACCCGGCAAGUUUCAAUUUGAAUAACGAGCAGUAUAAGUGAGAACAGCGAAAGCGAAAAGUGAAGCGCGAUUUGUGAAUUCUGAUAUAUUCAAUCAGAGAGUAAUUUGCAGUGAUAUUUUGUGAAAAUGUCUCUACUACCAUAUUUGUUGAGAGAUUCCUUGCUGGACGAUGCAUACUUCAGGCGCCCGUCAAGAAUUAUGGACCAACAUUUCGGUUUAGUGCUGGAUCCCGAAGAUCUCAUGCAACCUAUCGAUAUGCCGAAAGUGCUGUUACGCUGCCCUGCAGGAUACAUCCGCAACUGGAAAUCCGCAGCUUCAGACCAAGACACCGGUUCCACAGUGAAUUACGGUAAAGACCAAUUCGUAGCUAAUUUGGAUGUCCAGCAGUUCAAACCGGAAGAAAUUACGGUUAAAUUGACCGGGGAAAAUACUGUUACGAUUGAAGGAAAGCACGAAGAAAAGGAGGACGAGCACGGACAGGUAUUCAGACAUUUCGUUAGAAGAUACACAUUGCCAAAAAACUACGAUACGAGUCAGAUUCAGUCUAAAUUGUCUUCUGAUGGGGUGCUGUCAAUAACCGCUCCGAGGAUUGAGGUCAACCAAGUGGAAUGUAAAAAUAUUCCCAUUACUCAAACUGGAGAAGCAGCAAAGGCCGUAGAGAAAAAAAGUGAUGGUGACAAGUAAAUCCAAAUAAUAAUUUGAAAAUUUUGUAUUUUUUCCUUAAAAAUGUGUUUACUUAAAUGUCUUUAUAAUCAUUUUUUUUUUGGCAUUUGAGAAUGAAAUUACUGUUCGAGACUGAUUAAUAAGUUGUAUUAUUAAUGCAUUUCCUUUUAGUUUGUAAUAAAUAAAAUCGUA